AUGAGCUCGACCACGAAAGAAAAAGAGGCGUCACCUUCGCCUGCGGCUGACAAGGCACCAUUGCUGGACGAAGAAGGCGACCUUACACCAAAGUUCGAAGCGGCUCUCAUCCGCGUGUUUGCGCGCUUUUCCACAUCGUACAAGAAACGGCAUGCAGAAGUACGAGCAUCCGGCAGCGAGCCCAGCGCGUCAAUACCUCGCCCGGACGGGUCUGAUGUCUUGACGGAAGCAGACUUGGAUGCCUUCUCAACAGUGACUAACGGUGCAGCACUGCCGCAGGAAUCCAAGAACGAAAUCCGCGAGUUUCUGGACACCGACAAGGAAGGCAAUCUGACCUUGCGUGGAUUCAUCGAGAUGUACCAUCUGCAAAGCGAUAACGAGCCAGAAGAGACGUGGAAAGAUCUGGACAAGCUUGGGUUUGGUGACAAUCUCGAGUAUGCAGGUGGACGGUCGGAGACGUGCGCGAGAAAGGAUGGCAAAGAUCUGGCAACAAGGGACAGAACAGGCAAAGAAGUAUGUGAAUGA